GAGCGCCCCUGCCAGGAGCUACAGUCGGGCCCAAGCAGGCCAAGCCGGAGCUCGUCUCGCCUGCGUGACGCCAACUCACACUCACACAGCUGAUUUUAGGCGCUACUGGAGCUUCUGUUGUUCAUGCAACACACUGAGGAGCGGGGUGUUAGAGUGGUGGCUAAAAGGAGAAGAAAGAAGGGAGAAUGGACACUAUAGGGGGGGGAUUUACUAGAGGACAGUAACAUCUGCUGCAGCUGAGAAGAAAGCAACCAAAAAACGCCCACAGCUGAAUGUUCAUGAAUGACUGGAGUCACUCAUGAGCUUUACAUGGAAUUAAGUUCAUCUGGAGGUCAGUGACAGCUGAGAAGAAGGUGAAACGACCCCUUUUGAUUCUUCAAGUUUCACAUGAUCUGCAUCUAAAGCCACCUCAUCUGGUCUGCCAUCUGGAGCCCGCAAGGCUUAAGGAAGUCACCUCUUGAACUCUCUGGACAGCAGUCGAGAUGAUUCACAACACGUUGAAGACCUCAGAACCUUCAGAACAAAGCCCCAGGAGAACAUGCUCAGCUGCGCAGAGAAGGCUGUGGAGAUACUCAGGCUGCAGAAGGAGCAGCCAGGUGGAAAGUCACCGUCGCAGCGUUUGCGUGUUGUCUGCAGACCUAAAUGCUGGAGAGGACAGAGCAAGAGGAGGAAGUGGUGUGAUACACACUAUUCACGGGCUUUGCCACCUCUGCAUUGGAUGUAGGCUACCACAGGUGACCAUCCUUCGAGGAAAGGAUGGAUAUGGAUUCACCAUCUGCUCCGAUUCCCCUGUGAGGGUGCAAGCUGUUGAUCCAGGGGGUCCAGCGGAUCUGGCUGGUCUGCAGCAACUGGACACUCUGCUUCAGUUAAAUGGGCAGCCAGUGGAGCAGUGGAAAUGCGUGGACCUAGCUCAUGCUAUAAGAAACAGCGCCAAUGAAAUCACAGUGGUUGUGUGGCGUACUGGUCCAUCUGCGAAACCCAAUUUUGAGGGUCUCAUUCACAGACCCUCCUAUAAACCCUCCACCUUAAACUAUGAGGCCCCAUCGCCCCCUCUGCGCAGGCAUGCGCCAGAUGUUGGCACAAUCAAAUCCCCCCCAGCCGUGCCGCCUCUCCCGGCUCACCACCGUGCCACCGCCACACGCAGGCUAUUGGUGAAUGGGUCUGAAGCGGGCAACAAUGUCGGCGUAGGCCGGGGUACGCUGGCAUGGGGAGCUCAGGGAGGCUCGAUGGAUGAUCUGGAUGGAAAACCGCGUCUUCUCCAUCACCCUGCUACUGCCACAUUAAAAGGAACCCGGGUGAAAGCAUCAAAUGGAGACAACUACAUCAUCCUGGCGCCCAUCAACCCUGGAAGCCAGAUCCUGAGGCCUGUUUAUCAAGACACUGAGGGAACACUAGCCUCAGGCUUCAACAGGUUAUACCCAACACGUCAGACUUCUGGACAACAGUCCCAGAAAUCCCAGAGUGGUGGUGGUGUUUUACCUGGUGGUGUCAGUAGCAGCGGUUCAGGCAUGUCCAGUCGAACUGGCUUCUUACGGCGAUCUAACAACUCCAAGACAUCAAAAGGGUCAUCAACAUCUACUAAUGCUGGCAUUCCCAACUACCAACAGCAGAAUGCGAAUUUUGCCAACUACCAGAACUGCACCAUUGUCCGCUCACAUACUCCACAUGCCAACUAUGGAUACGUUAAAGUGGCGCCCAAGAUCCUCAUCUUCCCCAUAUUUGUACAGCCUCUUGACCUUUGUAGCCGAACACUUUCCAUAUCAGAGGAGCUGAUUCUUCAUGAGAGCAAGCACCACUCUUCGAAGGUCACAGUGUUUGUCUACAGUGACUUGAUGCUCGUCACAAGAGAAACCGAACCAGGCAGGUGUAACGUCCUUCAGAGUCCACUGUUCCUCCGACACCUUCGGCUCCAGGAUGAUUAUGCUGAAGAGCUGAGAUUCUACCUUAUCCACAUGACAGAGAAGUGUGACUGCCUGCUCAGCCUGGAAGCCUAUUCAGCAGACCAGAAGCACCGUGUAUGUCAGUGCCUGAAGGACAACAUUGACAAGCAGCUUCAGCUUCACAGGAGGGAGCCUCUCGUUUCGCAUUUUGAGCAGAUGUUGGAGCCUAAUGUGAAUACCCCUUCCUGUCAGCUGGGUGGAGUAGCAGGAGACCACGAUGUGUGCCUGCACAUGGCCACGCACAGCACUGAGGGCGAGGACAGUAGCCUUUACCCUUCCAGCCCCUCAGAGCCCCCAACAGUAGGCAGUCCUCACCCUUCAGAGCCACUCACUCCUUUGGACGAUGUCUACACUCCCCUUGGGGGGAUGCUGGGAUCUGAAGAACGACACAAAGUGCCCCCUACGCCACCUCCUUCCACAGAAGGGGAAGAUUCCAAAAGCAUAGAAGGACAUGAGUAUGAUUUCUGGAAAGUGAAGAAAGUCGACGAAGAUAAGCGAGAAGAAGAUGAGGAUAGGGCCAGCAGAAAGACUACAGACACUGACUUUGGAGAUAAAGAAGAUGAAGAUAAUGAAGAAGACAGUAACAAGGAGGAGGUUAACUUAAACAUGGUGGUGUCAAACACAGAUGAGGACAAUGUCUCAGAGCUGCCUGACACCAACGCGCCCCCUUCCUCGUCUUCAUCCUCAUUUGUUAUCCCUGAGCUGCGUCUUGAUCGGUCCUUCAGCGCCGAUGCCCUCUCCUCCCCCAACACUGACGAAGAAUACGAUGAAGAGGAAGAUGAAGAGUCAGAGGAGGAUGAGGAUGAAGAGGACAGCGAUGAUGCCUACUUGGAGAGAAGUGACAGUAAGAGGCGUAGCAUGGUUGAGGGUGGAACAUGUGAAAAACAUGGUGGAGGGAGGCUCAGUGUGCAGAACUCCCUCCGCCGCCGCACGCACAGCGAAGGCAGCCUCCUGCAGGACCCCCGCACCACUUGUUUCACCUCAGACAAUGCCAUCAACUGCUUAGAGGCUGGAGGUGGGCACCACAAGGGUGGCUGGACGCUCCCUUCACCCAAAACCCUGAAAAAGGAGCUGACCAAGAAUGGAGGCUCCAUGCAUCAACUGUGCAUGCUGUUUUCUGGCAGAAAGCUGAGCGCCGGAUCCCCCUGUAGCUGCGAAGUUGGACCUGACAGAACGAAGAAGAAAUCCAAGAACCUGGCCAAAGACAUGAAGAACCGGCUGGCUUUCCUGCGAAGGAGGAAUGAGUCCCCAGGAAGCACUCCUGCCAACAAGUUAGACAAAUCCAUGAAGUCAGUCAAGCCCACCCCAGAGGAAGCACUAAAAUGGGGAGACUCACUUGACAAACUGCUGGCACACAAAUAUGGCCUGGCAGCCUUUAGAGCUUUCCUGCGCACAGAGUUCAGCGAGGAAAAUCUGGAAUUCUGGCUAGCAUGUGAGGAAUACAAGAAGAUCAAGUCACAGUCCAAGAUGGCCUCAAAAGCCAAGAAAAUCUUUGCAGAAUACAUUGCUAUCCAGUCUUGUAAAGAGGUGAAUCUGGACUCCUACACAAGAGAUCACACUAAAGACAACCUGCAGAAUGUGACGCGUUCCUGCUUUGAACUAGCGCAGAGGCGGAUAUACGGGCUGAUGGAGAAGGACUCAUACCCCCGUUUCCUGCGCUCAGAACUUUACUCGGACUUAAUUAACCAAAAGAAGCCCAGUGCCACUUCCACUUCGUCUUCAUCGUAAAAAGACAAGGAACACGAGGAAAUAGAGUGUUGGUGAAAGCAAAACAAAGGGGCAGACUUGAAAAAAAAUUCAUGGAGUGGGUGGGAUGUGAGCUUUUUUGCCUUUUCCUUUUUUUAUCAUUAUUAUUAUUAUUAUUAUUAUUAUUAUUAUUGUGCGUGCAUGUGUGAGUGUGUAAUCCUGAUAUGUUUUUUUGUUUUUUAUUGUUGUCGUUUGUGAGGACGCAGCAAAGCUAUGGAAGCUAUGGCACUGCAAAGGAAUGUAGUUUACACAGUUAUUGAAAGGAUUGAUGAAUGGAUGGAUGUUACUUCAAUUACAGAAGCCCAGGAGUAAGGCCUGCAGCAGGAGCUGGACGCUUGUCUGAUCACUGUUCUUUGUUUUCUUUUUUUUUAUAUGAGUAAGGUUAAAAAAAAAAGAAAGAAAGUUUGUUUUUAACCAGUUCUACUGCAAAAAAGGAGGGGCUGCAACAACGUGAAGACAGUCCGGUACUGUUUUGUCACUUUUUUCCUUCUUUGCUCCCUUCCUCUCCUCCGCCACCUUUCCCCCUCUCUGUGAAGCACCUCCAAAGUUGUUGGUACGACCAUUUUUAGUCCGCCCUUUUGUCCCAGCUGCAAAGCUUCGAUGGAUGGCGAACACAAGGUUUUUUUUCGCAGAUGACAGCCACCUUUGACUUUCUUUCAAAUCUCUGCAUCCAUUGAAAGUUUGUAGGAAGCCUGGUUUCAAGUUUAGAGGCAGGGAUGAGGACUCAGACUGUCUCACAUUUGAAGAUGCGAAAGAAAAAGAACGGCAACCUGUUUCUUGCCUGCAAAGAACAACAAUGAACGGAAAAAGGAUUUGUCCUUUAACAUUGUAGCUCUCUCUCGACUAAUGAGGAAACAUUCUCAGGACACUGCUUUAACACGUUAAUCAUCUUUACUUUUUGUUUUCUUCGUCUUUUUUAGGGUUUCCCUUGUUCUUCAAGGGGAUGCACAAGAGGUUACUAGUCAUAGAACAAAGAAAAUGCUUCAUGUACAAAACGUUAGCCUAUUUAUUUAGAUUAACUUGCUGGAUACUUCUACAGACACCUUCACGACCUCCAAAGCACUCAGCUAACAGCUCUCACUUCCCCUCUUAACCACCAAACAGGUCCAAAGCUGUCCUGAACUUUAAGUGCAAUAUUUUUUUUAAACUUCAUGUUUUAUUCUUAAGUUGUUUUUUUUUUUUUUGGAUAAAUUUGAAUUUAUAACUUGGAAGACGGAACGGCUUGAGCUUUGUUUUACUUUUUAAUUGUUAAGACAAAAAUACUUUAGAGCUAUAAGGCUGACUUUCAAGAAGUAUCAGUAGUUUUAAGCAAGUGAUUAACUGUGUUAAACCCUGGCAGCAGGCAGCUGGGGACAUUAUGGUUGUAAAUAUAAUUCUUUAAGAAAAUUUGUGAUGCCACAUCAUAGAAAAAAAAAAGGUCUCAGCUGGUGACGUAUGGGGCCCAGCUGUAUCUAUGUAAAUAUGAAAGAUGCAAAACUUAUAAGAUGACACGUAAAGGAAUUUAAACAAUAGAUGAGCAAGAGCAGACACAAUCCGCUCUUUUUCCUGGUCAUACACUGCUUGUAAGGGGUUUUUCUGAAAUACAUUCUCUCAUUUUCACUGUUUACAAUUCCAACUGCAUCUUCUAUGAUAGCAAGUGAAAACCGUAGAAUACAUUUGGUGUCAUUGCUAACAAUAAAUAAACCAACAGACUGAUAAAAAAAA